AGGCCAGACAAAGUUGGGCAGGAACAAAUUCUUAAAUUUUAUGGACCCCCAGGACGGCUGAAGGAACAAAAGUGUAACGAUAAACGUUACCCAGAUAUCUGUUCAUACCAGUUAACUAAGAUAAUGGAACAUAACGUGUCUUGUGAUGUGAAGGUGUGUGGGUCUUCAAAGAUUAAAAUGGCUUCAGUGAAUCCACAAAUGGGGAAAGCUGUUGAUGACUGGGAAACAAUACCGAAGGAAAAACUUACUUAUAAAGUACAGGAAGCAGUAAGAACAAACCUGGAAAAUGGAUUUAAUUUCUUUUUUCUUAAAUGUGGAAGGAUUUAUCAAGCCUUUAGUAUUCCUCCUGUCUUCCAGAAAAAUGAAAAUGAUGAAAACAGAAGUGCUAUCAAUAUAAAUAUUAUUGUGUUGGACUCUAUCUCAAGGCCACACUUCUAUCGAACCAUGCCAAAAUCUAUAGAGGCUUUGCGAAAGAUAAAGGAAGAUUCUACAAUCAAGGCGACCUCCUUGGACUUUGAACUUUUUCAGAGCAUUGGUCAACAGACUUUUGAAAACUUAAGGCCAUUCUUCAGUGGUGUUCUGAAAGGUGAUUUGACAAAUUUCUUGGCCAUUGUUAAUUGAUUUGUGAUUGCUAUGAGCUUUUUUUAAGUGAUCAGGCUUCGAGUGCUAGCCAAAAGAAAAAAGGGAUACAGUAGUGGGAUAAAAGAAAUUCGUCCAAAUCGGCAGUAGCUGUUAAAAUUAGAACGUCGAUCUAGAAUGGGACUGGUUGUGAUCAUGAAGUCUGAUAAUCUGGGUGAAAGUUAGAAGUCUUGAAAAGAACUGUUGUUGGUUUUAGUAGUUUUAGUUGGUUGUCAUGUCAACAACCUAAGUAAAGGUCAUCAUCAAUGUCAACUGACUUCGUGAUGAUGUCUGCUCAGGUUUGUUAAAUGUUUUGCAGUAGUUCUUUUCAGGGCCACUGUCACCCAGAAUGAUCACCAGCUACCCCUAAGUGAAACCAUUUGUUGUUGAUACUAGUGGCAAAUUAGACACAGGUAAAGAUGAUGCCUCUAAAGAAACUUAUGCUGAUUAGUAUUACUUUGUGUAGUAUAUUUUGUUUCAAACCUGAUUGAAGCCGAUAUAGUUACAAUGGGUGAGAUUGCCACUACUACUAUGACUUCUAAUAGUAAUAAUGAUAUAAUAACACCUUACUAAAUUAAGUUGUAAAUCUAUCAGAUGACAAUGAAGUGAGUGCAUCUGGAAAGAAUACAAAGGCUCCUUUGGGUGUGGAAGUGCUAUAUGGAGCCUUCAAAAAGUGGGGCUACCAGACGUUCUUUCAAGAGGACCUUUGUUGGUACGAUAUAUGGGGGACUGCGUUAACAGAUAUGGAGAGGAGAGAAAUGCCUAAAACAAAUUCUGAAUUCAAAGUUAGGUGAGUUUCCUAUUUAUUAAUUUGUUUCUUUGUGGAUGUGCUUGAGUGGUGGGUGUUGGUAAUGCUGGGCUUGGCUGCUAAAAGUUCUAAACACCUGGUUUAGUGAUUUGGAUCAAUCAGGGUAUUCUCCUUCUUUAAAACAAGAGAGAAAUUGGUUCAGUCUCACUGAGCUAAAGAUGUGUUGGCUUAUCUUAGCGUCCUUGGUGACAAGGAGUAUUGCUUCCUCUCCCCUAAUCCAUUGCAGCUAAAUGUCAGAUGGUUUCCAGACAGUAACUUGUGCUACCUUUUACUGAAAGGACACGGGCACUUUGAGAGAGCGUCUUCUGUCUCCCUCAAGACCACGACUCAAUCAUCCAUGGAGCCCAGUGAGUUAAGGCAAAAAAAACCCCCCGGGACCAUAACCGAUGUCCGUGGAUUUUCAUCCCGAAAAUCUUUACCAUUAUAAGAGGAUAGUAUCAAUUGAGUGCUGCAAUAAUUAUUUGUGUGAGAUGAGAGUGUCAAAUUUUUUCUUAACAGGUGGAAAGAAUUUCAGAAUAAGAUGGCUAAAAAGAUGAUUGACCAUGUUGGUAUCACACAUUUUUCCUGUACUGUGUUGGCCAGAGUUGGGAGGACCAAUCAUUUUGACAAACCUAAAAAAAUAUGUCUGAACGGGCGAUUUUUUGAUUGGUACUUCUUUAACUACAUAACAAGAGUGUACACUGCUCUAGAAAAGAACAGAAAAGCCAAACCGUUGGUGUCGUACAUGCAUUUCAAUACGGGACAUGAGAUGACAGGGAAACGGAUGAUCAACAUGGAUACCGGUUUAGCAAAGUUUGUCAUGGAUAUGGCUUCAUUUCCAAACACCUUGACUAUGAUAUUUUCAGAUCAUGGUCACAAAACGACUCCAUUCAGUUUCACUGAAGAGGGAAGGAGAGAGUUAUUUGAUCCAGUGUUCUUCAUGAUUGUCCCUAAUGGAGUUAAGGAAAAAAUAGGAUCAGAAAGAAUGGUAGCGUUGGUAACAAACCAAAAGCGCCUCUUUAUGUUGUAUGAUGUUCACAAAGCACUCAUGAGUUUGCAUGAUUCUCAGAAAAAGGACUCGAAAGAUUAUUUAGUUUCUGGAAUAUUUUCAGAGAUUCCGGCAAAUCGCACAUGUGCAGACUUGUACAUGCUCCCCUUAACAAGAUGCAAAUGUGAAGGUUUUGAUGAAGCAAUUCUAGUAAACGACAAUGCGAACGAUCACAUGUGGUUGGCUGAAUUUGCUGUGGGAUACAUAAACAAUGCUAUUCAAAAACAAUACAUGAGCGGUAAGAUGUCUCCUGUAUGUUAUUUUCCGUUGUUUCACCUUGCUCUUUCUCUAUUUGAUGGGCAACCGUCUGGAAUUAGCUUUUUAAUUACCCAUGCAAAACAAAUUUUCACUAGGCCUCUAAAUAUAUUCUCAUCAAAUUAAAGAAAGAGUGGUGGAAUGGGUUAGGAAAGAUAAAGUGUGCUGGUUUGGGUUGAAGUAAAAAGCUUAACUUAAGUGAGAUGAAGCGUUAUGAGGUGAGAAAAGAUAAGGUGGGGUAUGGGGAAUUGGGAUCAAUGUUAGUAUCUGAGCACCUGCACACCUACCCCUCACCUUACCCAAAAUAAACCGCCCCUAGAGGGGAGGGAGGUGUAAAGUUGCCCAGAUACUUGACUUUUAUCCGGGAAUUGCAGGGAGGGGAGAUUUCUGACUCUCAGAAACAAAAUGCGUUAGGUUUGAUUUUCAUUCAUUUUUCAAUCAUUAUUAUCAGGAAUUAGUGACUCAAAGAAACAGUAUGGCUACGGAAACUGCCAGCGCUUAGUUGGAAAAUCAUUUGAGAAGGUUGUCAAACGAUUUCGAGGAGAAUACAUCCUGACUUCCAUGGACAUUCACGUGUUCCCUCCAGCCGGAUACACGGAAGAUGAAGUCUAUAGAGUCUCUGUUAAACAGUUUGCAAAACCAAAGCAAGGAGUAUUUUUCCUUAAUUCUAUCCGGCAAACGAUGUACAACAAGUUUGCCUCAUGUGCAGAUAAGUCAGUGGAUAUCAAGCUCUGUGCAUGCGCUAAAGAGGAAGCUGCUGACGCCACGAAGAAAGAAGUGUUGUUUGACAAUGUAGUUCCACGCAAAAUGUUUGGUUCGGACACAAUUGUGAGAGACUUGGAUUCCAACUGUUUGCUAUUCUUGCGACGGAAUUAUGGAACAUUUUCAUUUGCAUUGGAAGUGGCAAAUAUUUGUUCAAAUCGAACUUAUAAAUUUAAACUAACAGGCUCUAUGUAUCAAAGAAUAUUCUCUAAUACUGUGCCUAUCAAGCGGAAAUUAUUCCCAAAGACUAUUUACUUUUUAACCUCUGUGUACAAAUACCUUUCAAAAGUAAACUGUCCUUUAGGAUUGAAAGCAAGUGUGAAGGUUAAGAAGGAUGGAUCAGACGCUUUUACUAAUUUGGGGACCUUCAGUGUUUCAUGA